UCAUAAUCGAGGAAUGUCAUAAGUAUAAACAUUUUAUCUGAAGUUGGGAGUAGAGUAUAGUAUGUAACUUAUGACUCAGUCAGAUUGUGUCAAUCGAGGAGUUGAAACGCCUGGUUAAGGCAGUACAUUUUUAAUAGGUUCAAAAUGGCAUCGAUCAGGAAUAAUUAUACUGAGGCGUCAAAAAACGAAACUUAUAAGGAGUUGUUAUCCAAACUUGAAUGUCCAUUUAAUUGGGAACUGGAGAAUAUAAGCAAAUCAAUCAAGAUUGAUUACACUCCCCAUGACGAAGAAGAACUUCUUCCAUUACUGAAAUUGAUGCGUAUUCUAAUGAUAAUUUUUAUGGAGACGAAAGAUGACAAGAGUGAUAGUAAUUUAAUAUUCGAAAAACUGAAAGAAUGUAAUGAUAUCUACCGGAUAUUGAAAAAUAAAGCUCAUCCAGAAGUAUCCAGCAAAAUUGUGUAUUCUGUACUCCAGGCUACAAAAUGUUUCGUUUAUCUCAGAUUGAAUAUGGAAAAAGAGCUCGACCUAGUUUAUCAAAACUUUGAACAUAUAGAUGAAAUGAAUAAUAAGGAAAAGAGCACUUUGUUAGGCUGUAAAGCUAUCUGUUGGUCUAUAUACCAUAGAGCUGGUUCUGAAGUAGCUGAACAAUUAAUUCGUGAAGCAAUGAAAUUGAACGGAAAUUGCGAUAUGUGGCACUUCAUUUUGGCCAAAAAUCUCCGUCGUCAAAGAAGAGAUUAUUCAUCCCUUUUUGACAGACCUGAUUGCGAAGAAAGAGAGAGUUUUUUAAAAGCUUAUAAUAUCUCAAAGAAUCCCAAUUACGGGAUUUUCGUUGCACAAAUGUAUCGCGAAAGUAGGCAGUACAAGGAAGCUUUGAAAAUAUAUAACAAUAUAUUUGCGUCUUUUGAUUGUUUGUGCAGUUCAGUAUUGCUACGAUUGGCUCUUGGAUUUAUCAGUCAGAAGAAAUGGCAAAAGGCAAAAGCUUGCCUCGAUAAAGCUGAAAAAACUGAUGCGAAGAACAGCAUGUACUUGCAUUACAGAGGAAUUUAUUUUUUGAAAAGAGAAGAAUAUCUGGAAGCUACACAUUAUUUCGAAAAAGCUAUUGAUGACUUUAAUUUAGCUGCAGAAAAACAAUAUGUGGAUUGCAUAAUCAAAACCCAGAAGUCUAUCGAUGUUACAAAAUAUCUUCUGAACAUGCUGGUUAAGUACAAAUCAUUGCCAGACAAGCAGCUUCAACCUUUAAUUCUAAAUGUAGCUUUUAGUUAUUGGAAAAGGGAACAUGAUUUAAAAGAAUCUUGUAGAUACUUUUUAAAAGCAAUAGAAAUUAAUCCUCGAGCCAAAUGUUUAAUGAACUUCUACAAUAUUGAUGUUCAUCAUAUAAAAGAGAGAAAUCUAUAUGUUUUCCUUGAAAAAUAUAUAUUUCCUGAAGUUAUAAAAAAAUGCUUUGAUGAAGUUACUAUUGAAAGAAUUAAGGCUAUAAGAGAAUAUCGUCAUUUGAAUGAUGUGGCUCAGAUAAAUGCACUAGAAAGUGGGAUCACUUGUAUCAAUACAAAGAAAUAAUUUUUAUUGUAUCUUGCAUUAUUCUAAAAAUAUAUCUUAUUAAAUAUGUGAAUAUAAUGUUGCU